CCUUACCAGAAGCAAAUGGAAUUAACAUUCUGUUUGCUCGAGAAAUAGAGACAACAACUAUUCACGCGGGGCAACGAAAAUUUUAGGGUUCUUCAUAACUCACUUUUUUUACUCAGAAUCAAUUGUUUGACUGCUGUCAAUUGGACUGGGACUUGCGUAUUAGCUCGAGAAGUUUUGAGGAACCGGAUUUGUAGGCGAGCAGGCUACGAGUUAGGACUUCCUUCCCUUCCAGUGCUAUUGGUGAGCUCCGCUUUUGUUCGUGGAAUAUUCCUUAGAGUCAUUUUUAUUUAGCUAUUUCUUUGUUUACUUAGAGAACUGACCAGAAAAUCUCAUGUCCUGAGCAGUGUGUCAGUUUAUCAGUAGAGGCUUCAUAGACAUAGUUUUGGGUUAAGAUUCAGAUGUUUUUUAUAAUAACUUACCAGUAAUUCAGUAGUACUACGAAUAAAGUUUUGGAGUUGAUUUAUUUAAAUAUUUAAAUUAAUCAAAAGUAUUUGGUUAGAGUAUUGCCUUGUUGCAUAUAAAAUUUGGAGUUAUAAUAGAUUUGAUAAGCAGAGAUGAUUCGCCCGAUCAUGUUUAGUGAUCAAGUGCCGGUCCCGUCUUGUUCAGAAAAUGAGUCGUGACAACUUCAACUCCAACUCAAAUUUUGUCUCCAUCCUCUUGUAUAAAUAAUCCCCAUUCCAUGAGCAUUUUCAUCAACCAUAACCAUUAUCUAUUCAGGAAAUGGCAGAAGUUUGCAGCCAUGCAGAGGAAGAAGAUUUCACUUCCAAGAAAUGGCAAUGCUGCAGAUAGUUGUAGUACAUCUUCAUCUUUUCCAACCGGUAAAGGCCAGUUUGUAGUGUACACAGCUGAUCAAAAGCGCUUUGUGAUUCCAUUGGCUUAUCUGGAAAAUGAGAUCAUUUUGCAACUUUUAAACAUGUCUGAAGAAGAGUUCGGGCUGCCAAGUGGAGACCCUAUUACAUUACCAUGUGAUUCAGCAUUCAUGGACUACAUCAUUUCACUAAUCAAGAAAGGUGCAACUGCUGGAGAUCUUCGUAAAACAUUGAUCCUCUCAAUUAAUUCAUGUUGCUGUUCAACUUCUUUGCAUCAAGAAUGGGGAAAGCAGCAGCUCCUUGUUUAUUAAUCACGAUCAUUAUCUUUAGUAAAUGAUAGCUCAAAAUAGAUUGUAUAGCAGGUGAAAAAGUAGGCAGUUGAAAGUGUGUAUUACUGAUGGAAUAGAGCUUUAUCUGAAAUUUGGCCACAUUUAUCGUUUUCAAUCUCAAUUUUGUGAAUGAGGACUUCUAGGUUCUCAUCUUGAGCUGGCACUAUUUACAGGAAACACU